CACGCUGUACAACCCUAAAGUUGGCCUCCGCCAGCCCAACCUCUGCCGACUUGUCAUCAACACAGCACCCCAUCCCACUCUGACUGCCGCACCAAUCAUUGGUGAAGUUGUUAGACCCAGCUUCACAAAUCCCCUCUUUUUUUUUUACCACCCAUGAAAAAAAGGGAACUUUGUGUGUAUAUAAUUCUAGCGGGAUUUGAAAAUCAUUUUACUCAGUAGUGAUUAAAAAAUGCUUGGGGUAGUAGCAAUUUCCACACCAAUUUGGCUCUCAUCUCCCAUCAAAUUCAGUUCCUGCAAUUCCAAACCCAGAAUCUGUUUUUCAGAGGAAAUUUCAACAAACCCAGUACCGAAACGGAGCAAAAUCCACACUUCCUCUCUCUUAUCCACAUUUCCUUAUCGUUUCUCUCUCCAGAAGGAUUACAAUUUGCACACCCAUUUGUUGCCCAAAGCUGCUUCGUCUUCCUCAAUUGGAAGUGCAGAAUACACAGAGGAACCUGCUACCAGUGUGAAAUUUCAGAAGUCAAUAAGCAUCCCGGGUUGCUCGACUCCAUUGUCUUUACUUGGCAAUGGAUAUAGGGAGAAAGUUUUUGCAAUAAUUGGUGUUAAGGUCUACGCUGCAGGAUUAUAUGUGAAUCAAUCUAUAAAAAGUAAAUUAGAUGCUUGGAAAGGGCGAUCAGCUGCCGAAAUUCAAGGAGAUUCAUCUCUGUUUGACUCAAUUUUCCGAUCUCCUCUGGAGAAAUCAUUACAUAUUGUCCUGGUAAGAGAUGUUGAUGGUAAAACCUUCUGGGGUGCAUUGGACGAUGCCAUCUCCCCAAGAAUCAAAACACCCAAUCCUGUUGAUGAAACCGCUCUCUCCACAUUUCGUAACAUCUUCCAAGGGCGACCUCUUAAGAAAGGAACUUUCAUAUUUUUGACUUGGCUGGUCCCAGGCAAAAUGCUUGUUUGCGUAUCAUCUGAUGGGUUGCCUACUGACGUGGAUGCUACAAUAGAGUCGAUGAAUGUAACACUGGCCCUUUUUGAUGUAUUUUUGGGAGCUGAUCCAGUUUCUCCUUCACUGAAAGCUUCGGUUUCCAAUGGGUUGCAGACAAUCCUCAAGUAAAAACCGUGACAAGUUAGAUCCUUAAUCGUUUUUCUUUUUCUUGCGAUGAAGGUAGAUUCAGUAAUUCAUGAAUUUGCUGCAUUAACUUGAGUUGCUGUAAGUUUUUUUGUAUCCGUCCAUGUAGACCAGGAAAAAAAAUUCAUGGAUUAAAAGUAAAUAUAACAAGUAUGUUCUGUUCUAAAAAAGAUCAAGAAUUUGAUAGAA